GUCUCGGUGUGGGGAUCAACUAUCGCGAUACUUGCAGCAGUUGAGGAGCGGAGCAGCGGGGGACUUGACAUGUCAACAAAGCAGACUUAUUAACCAGCAUACAGGCAUGUAAGCGUGUGCCGGCGUGGAAUGGCCUGACGGGUAACUUCACCUGGAACCUAGACCUUCUCCUCCUCCAUCACUUUCACCUUCCGUCUCCAUGACAACCCCGCCGCUAGUGUCGCCUUUUGGUGGGCAGCCGCAGCAGCAGCAACAACAGCAGCAGCAACAGCAGGCCCAGGCAGCGCGUGACGUCAACACGGCCUCGCUGUGUCGCAUCGGCCAGGAGACGGUCCAAGACAUUGUCCUCAGGACGAUGGAGAUCUUCCAGCUCCUCCGGAACAUGCAGCUGCCUAACGGAGUCACCUACCACCCCAACACCCACCAGGACAGGCUGGGCAAACUGCAGGAGCACCUCCGCAUGCUCUCGGUGCUUUUCCGCAAGCUGCGCCUCGUCUACGACAAGUGCAACGAGAACUGCGCCGGACUGGACCCCAUACCACCAGAGCAACUCAUACCCUUUGUGGAAGAUGACAGCUCCAAACACGAGGACCGCUCGUCCGGCCAGAGUCGCUCUGCCACCGAAGACAGGAGAGAAAUCCUGGAUGUCAACAAGAAGCUGAAGCAGAAGAAUCAGCAGCUGAAGCAGAUCAUGGACCAACUGCGCAACCUCAUCUGGGAGAUCAACUCCAUGCUGGCUGUCAGGAGCUGAGACACACACACACACUCACACACGUACACACACGUACACACACAUGCACACUUUCACAACUAAUCACGGGCAGGAAGACACGGUAGUUAGCUGGACGAGUGACAGGGUAGCACAGACCGGCUUGGGCUGCACUUUACAGAAGAAAUGGAGACUUUGCCGAUUUCUGCCUGUUUGCUGAAGAAGAAGAAGACGGAAAAACAAACAAGAGGAGACAAAUGAAGACAAAAGGACACCUCACAUUAAAGGGCGGAGGGCGCGAUGGUAGAAAACACUCUGUCUACCUCGAUAUAGUUCACUUAAAUCAGCCUCACGACUCUGAAGUAAUCCGAAGUUUUGCUAUACCAUGUUUUAUCUACUUGUAGGUACUAGCUCAAUAGAGACAUAUUGAUAUAUUAUUUAAUCCCCAUGUUCUGUACAUUUAGUCCCUAAAGUUAAAGAGUUUUCUUAACGCCUUUUAAGAAAAAUAUACAUUGUGGUAAAACAAAGAGUUUUAUUCUCACUAUAUUGAUCAGAUGAUUUUAUUUGAUGUAAACUUAUUGAUGUUUCUCUCUGAUUGGAUUUGACGUGACAUUAUAAUGAAUUCUGCUGUAAGAUAAA